ACAAUUCUUGGUUUGAUUGUUACAAGGUGUCCUUCAAGUCCCUUCGCGGCAAAUGCCUACGAAGAGCUUGGGCUUACAGUCAACCUCUUCAAAAUGGGCGCUAAUCAUUCUGAUAAGGCAAAACGCGGAUUAGUACGUGCGCUUGAUUGGAACGUGAAACAAAAUUCAUUUGUGUACCCUUUAGCACGUUUUACUUCAGAUGCACGAAAAAGCCACCAACGUGUACGAAUCCCAAGCUAAUUCAAUGAGUGAUGAGAUGAACGUGGCGCAGGAAGACAUGGAUGCGCUACACACACUGGAAAUGUUUGCCGGCUACACAAAACUCUUGAUGAAGGAUAUGGCAUCGAACCCAAGGAUGUUCUCUGACAAAGCUGUUUCGAGGAGUCUAAAUCCAGACUCUAAUAAUGGGUCGUUCGUAGGUUCGGGGCCACAACGGAACGACUUGUCGCAGGAACAAUAUCAAGCAAAUUUUCUACCAAGGUCAUCGUCGUUUCGCACAGUUAUGCCGUCCGCAACUACCUAUCAUGACACGGACCCGGAUGCCUCGCCCUCAAUCGAACAUUCUCAUUCAGCCGUAUCGUUUCUCCGGACCAAUGAGCCUGUUGACCAGGUCUUAAAUCAUCAACAUCCAUAUUCCGCGCAUACUGGUCAUGAGCACAAUUUCGUGUCUUCAUCGUCUAUCGCGCCAACUGUGUAUUCGUAUGAAAACGAUAGACACGCCGCACAUUCUUUCGGAAUGUCCUCUCAGGUUGCUUAUGGCAUGAACUCUUAUUCACAAUAUGUUGACCAUGGCGAGCACUGGACUGAUACGCGAAGUCAAUACGACUCAUCUGUCUACCCCCUCUUCAAGCGCGAGGACAAGUUCGACAAUCAGUCAUCAAGUUACCCAGACUCGCAUUUUUGGCCACCAAUGUCGGAAAGAAAUGAUACGAGCCAGCACCCGGGCCGACUCCCUCUAGCGACGACGGUGGGUGCGAUGAACUUUCAGUGGGCAGAGUUAGUGCAAGAUGAAGGGUUGACUGUUCUGCAGCGAGUGCAAAUGUGAACUCGCGUUGUUCCCUAACAUGUAAUUCGAUGGUGUAUUUUGUGUA